GUUUGGCCAGCCUGACUUUACAAGGGGCCACCAUCCUGCGAGUUGGCAAAGAUUGCGAAUGAAUAAAAGAAGAAGAGAGCCAUCGAAAGCUUCUUCUUUCUCUAUGACGCUCAUCAUAUCACUCCACCCCACACCCUCUUUUCUUCCGCCUUCUUUCAUGUGCCUAAAGUUUACAAAAGCAAAAGAACCAGCAACCGAUCUUCCAUCACUUCCUCUUCUUCUUCGCCUUCGUUCCCUCCUCCUUCUUCUUGCUCUUCAUCCGAUCAAAUGGCCGCAAAGCCAGUAAAGCGCGUCGAGUUCCGUGCACCACCCCCUUCUCCGAUCGCCGCGUUCAAGAUUGGGUUGGAAAACGAAGCGUCGCUCGAUGAGUUUCUACGUCGAUCGGUCCGCGUGCCGGAACUGAUCCUGCCGUACCAUCUAUUUCCAACGGAAGAAUUCGGGGGCGACCCGCCGGAGAUCGACUUCUCGGCGUUGGCUGCGUCGGAAGAUAGGUCGGUGGCGGAACUGCUGAGUUCCGCAGAGGCGAAGGGAUGCUUUCAGUUGGUGAACCAUGGUGUUCCCAAGGAGACGGUGGGCGCGAUCAGGGAAGCGAUCACCGAGUUCUUCAACCUGCCAUCAGAGCAGAAAUUGGUGCUGUCGCGAAACCCCGCAUCGAAAUCCGGUUAUGAGGAAAUUUCCGGCGAUGGGUUUCCGAUAACCGAGGAGCUUCUCUGGUGUGGAGACGAGAAGAAGAUCAUGUCGCCGGCCAUGAGCAGCGUGUGGCCACAAGGAUCGCACGGAUACAAGAACUUCAGAAGGCAGUUGAAAAGACUGUCGAAAGAAACUGAAGGCAUAGCCAGAAAGAUUUUACAGGUACUGCAUGAAAGGGCGAGCAGAAAAAGAGUGCCAUCGGAACCAUUAGCAGCAGCAGAAGAAGAAAAAGGAACAGUUCGUCCAGUUUUUUGCUUUUACAAGCACCACUUUGAAUCUCAAGAUGGCCAGCAGCUACAGGGUGAUCAUUUACACACGGACGUCCUGCGGUUACUGGUCCGCAGAUCGGAUUUUUCUCACACUCUCUGCAUAAAUUUCCCGUGUGAUUCGUCCGAGUUCCGGAUUUACUCGAAGAAGGGAUGGACAUCUUUUGUACCCAAGAAAGAAGCUAUCAUUUUCACUAUUGGAGAUCAAAUUCAGAAGAGGAUCAAGGGGCAGUACAAGCACGUCGUGGGAAGAGGCAUGUUAUCAAUUAGAAAAGACCGUGAUCACAGUGGAGAUCAAGUUUCGGUGGCGUUGUUCUAUUCACCCUCUCCAAGCCUUCCUCCUCCCCUUUCUCUUGACAGCCAUGCUUCAGAUCACCAUGAGCAACCAUGCGAGAGGAGUAUCACGAUCGUUCAACAGAUCAAAAUAGUGCUUUAUCUCAUACUAUUCUACCAUAUUCUCAACUUCAUCAAACAAUUCACAUAGAUCUCUCUCUCUCUCUUUCAUAUGUUUGAAUGUGGUUGUGAGAUAUCAUUUUAGUCGACAGAUGCCUGUAAUACGAGUUUGAUUCCAAUGUUUCUGAUUCGAAGUUAAUGCAUAUGUU